ACAAGGCUGGCUGAAUUAAAUAUUCAGAAAUAAAUGUGCCAAAUUGCUCUUUUGUUAACUUAUACACCCAACUCAGGGGUUAAUGUUUUAAGAGAGUAUUUGACCCCUUAUUAAAGCUCUGCCUAACUCUGUAAGUCUUCAUGCCAAAAGCACAGUGUUUAAAAUUGUUAGCUGUACAGUUCUGCAAAGACAGAGUUAAACACUGUUUGGACUCUGGCUGCCUCUGAGAAACUGAAAUUUUUCAAAGCUCCACUGUCAGCUCUCAAAGGCUGCUACAGUAACUUUCUGAACAGAUUGGGUUAAAUAUUUUUAGAGACCCAUUCUACGAUGAUAAGGUGGUAAUAAUUUGUGCAGUGCAACACUCCGAAGGCUUCCAAGUUUCUCAAGCCUCUGUGUAUGUGAUCCUUACAGCAGAGAGGAGUCUGAGCUACAAGGAUGAGAAGUCUACUUUUCCUGGUGCUGAUUUCAGUCUGUCGGGCUGACCACCUUUCAGACAGCUACACUCCGGAUCAAGACAGAGUUAUUCACAUCCAAGCUGAAAAUGGCCCCCGUCUACUUGUGGAAGCAGAACAAGCCAAGGUCUUCUCGCACAGAGGUGGCAACGUGACACUGCCAUGUAAAUUUUAUCGAGACCCUACAGCAUUUGGCUCGGGAAUCCACAAAAUCCGCAUUAAGUGGACCAAGCUAACUUCAGAUUACCUCAGGGAAGUGGAUGUCUUCGUUUCCAUGGGCUAUCACAAGAAAACCUACGGAGGUUAUCAAGGCCGAGUGUUUCUGAAGGGAGGCAGUGAUAAUGACGCCUCCCUGAUCAUCACAGAUCUCACCCUGGAGGAUUAUGGAAGAUAUAAGUGUGAGGUGAUUGAAGGACUAGAAGAUGAUACUGCUGUGGUGGCAUUAGAGUUACAAGGUGUGGUGUUCCCUUACUUUCCACGAUUGGGACGCUACAAUCUUAACUUUCACGAGGCUCGCCAGGCUUGUCUGGACCAGGAUGCUGUGAUUGCUUCCUUCGACCAGCUGUACGAUGCCUGGCGGGGCGGGCUGGAUUGGUGCAAUGCUGGCUGGCUCAGUGACGGAUCUGUGCAGUACCCAAUCACCAAACCACGUGAGCCCUGCGGGGGCCAAAACACCGUGCCUGGAGUCAGGAACUACGGGUUCUGGGACAAGGAUAAGAGCAGAUAUGAUGUUUUCUGUUUCACAUCCAACUUCAAUGGCCGAUUUUACUACCUGAUCCACCCCACCAAGCUUACCUACGACGAAGCAGUGCAAGCUUGUCUCAAUGAUGGUGCUCAGAUUGCGAAAGUGGGUCAGAUAUUUGCUGCCUGGAAGCUUCUGGGCUAUGACCGCUGCGAUGCCGGAUGGCUGGCGGAUGGCAGUGUCCGCUACCCUAUUUCUCGGCCAAGACGGCGCUGUAGUCCGACAGAGGCUGCAGUGCGCUUUGUGGGUUUCCCAGAUAAAAAGCAUAAGCUGUACGGGGUCUAUUGCUUCCGAGCAUACAACUGAGUGUGCCCUGGAGUCAGUUCUCGAGAUACGUGAAAGUUUUGUUCGUUUGUUUUUUGUUUUUAAUAUGAACUCAUGCAAGUUACCAAAACUGUGAUAACCCUUUUUCACUUACUGUAAAGAGUCGUUUUCAUAAAGGCCAAUUCAUUCAUUUGUUUUGUAAAGCUAUCAGUCGAUAUAUAUUAUAAAUUAAUAUAAGCAUAGGGGAGCUAAAAAAGAGGGGGAGGGGCUUUAGAGCCUAACUGGUUUAUGCUAUGUCAUCCCAACAAGAUGUCAUUUCAUGAAAGGGACAUGCUGCAGGCUGACAGUCACCAGGACUGUAUUAGGAAAAUUAAUGCUACUUGCCGAAGUAACUUCCACAAGCACAAAUUUUACAUAUUUCUACAAUUUUGAAAUGCACUUCACUAAACAAAUUAGAACAACGAAUUUGAAAUACAGGCUUCUUUACAUAAACCAGGAUUCUGGGAGGUGCAAAAACUCAGUAUCAUAAGGGAAUAACAGAGACUUUUUCUAAAAGUUAAUACUUCAAGUCUCCAGUAUACAGAAUAGUUUACUCUUUAAAAAUCUACCUUUUUGACCAAAAAAAUUCAUAGAGACUCAGAUUAAAAUUAAAAACCACGGUUAGAUCUCCUAGGUCAACUCCUUUAUAUAAAGUAUCGACUUAAGUACACAGAUAAUACUUUAUCAAUGAAAGAAUCCUACCUUCUAAUUACAAUUACCUAUCUGAGAAGACUUGUUUUAUUAUUUUUAAGUAGCUUUACUGAAUUAUAUUUAAAUUCUAAGAAACUUUGCUAAGCAGUAUUUAGAAUCUACUCAGGGCAGUUAAAAUAGUAAACUGCUGGACAGAAAACAAGUACAAUGUAGCAGCUUGACUUUAUGUUAGUGUAUGAAACAUUAUUGUCCUAUAAAAGUAAUUUUAAUCUAUUUAAUAUUUCUUAUUUACAUUACAUGACAAAAGCCAUCAAAUGAAUGAAUAACUCUACAUUUGCCUAACUAAGAAAUAAAGACUCAACUUCCAAAAUCGCUCUUGUUUGUCUGCACGAUAUAGUGCCCAAGUAGGACCUGAACUUAGAGAAAAAUUGGGGAAAAUACAUUUCUAAAUAGUCCCUCAAAUAGAAAAAACAGCCACUGUCAGUUUCCUUUCUGGUUAAAUUUGGCAAAGUAAAAUACUGGCAUUCUCAUAGCACACUUCACACCUUCAGGCUUUAAGUGAAAAGUUAAGCCCAGGUUCAGAAAAGUAACUUCCAGUACUAGCAACUCCAGUCUUAAAUAGCGAGUUCUUUUGACAACUGCUGAGACCCCCAAAGGGACCAAUAUUUGUAUUCAAGUAAUAGUUCUGUUUUCUCAUUACUUCACAGUGAAUUCUCAUGAAUGGGACUUAGUAUAAUAAUCCAAGUAUAACAUAUCUGGUAUGCUGUCAUCAAUGUUUUUAUGUAGAUUCCCCCCCCAUGAACAUAACUAAAUAAAUCUGUUUCCUGAAUUGACCAUGGUUGCACAUAAAGCUCUGUAAUAACUAUAAUAAAAAUGCUCUAUAAAUAUAGUUAUGUGUGUGGAAGAUAUAGAGCAGUUGGAAGUCCAUGAAACCAUAACUAUCAUGAUAUAUCAUCUAGAUAAAAUAUAGUAAGUAAUAAUAGGUCCUUUCUUUCAGAGGCUUAAACUGUGAUGAUGCAUGUAGUUGUGAGUUAGGGUAUGCAAAUUACACAAAAAGUAUACAUCCAAAGAAAUAAUGGGGUUUUACUCAAACAGCGAUUAUAUAAACUGGACUCCAACUUCUAAGCUAAACACAAAUUGAAGAGACUGAAUGGCCUAUAACAUAGUGAAUACAUUACUUAAGAAGGAGACUCCAAACUAGCUCCUUACAGGCUGGGCAAAGCUCUUUGGAGGAAGAUCAUAUACUUGAACCAUCAUUGCCUGUAUUGUAAGAAUUUUGUCUGCAAGGCAAGUAGAUACAUUUUAUACUGAGGUAGGUUCAUUCCUUUCAGUUAUCAUCCUAGAAGUCCACAGGGCAGUGCAGUAGCAUUUCUUAACCUUUGAAUACUUAGUAUAGGAAACGGUGCUGAUCAAAACCUCCAGUGACUGUUAGCUGACGUAUGUCUACACCAAUCGCAUACCAUCUGUCCAUUCUUAAAAACAUCCUAGAAUGAACACUGCUGGGCAGAGUUUUUAACUUCUAAUUUCACACAAAGGACCAGAAUCUUCAUGCCCUUUGAACUCCUAAUUGAAAGGGGUCUUUUAAUAUUCUCACCUUUCUGUUUACUCCACCAAGUAAUGUAUUUUCCUACUUCAUAUCUCAUUAUGAAUGUCUUCAAAAGAAAAAAGUUGUCUUAGCACAUUUCCUAGCAGAAAGUUGACCUAACAGUGUCUAUUUCAGAAAUCACAUUGUAGAUGAAAGAGAUGACAGAUAGACUACAAAAUAAUGAAAAUGUUUUAUAGUAUGGCCCAUACAUGAAGAACAGAACAAAUCUAUACAUUUUACUGAAACUCCUUGAUUUGAAACCUCUAAGCAAAAAGAUCCAAUACAUUUAAAAAUACUUAUAGGGAUGAAGUUAAUUUGUCAUAUUAACACUGGAAGCCAUCUUUUAAUGACUGCUGCCAUAUUUUGUCACAGCAACUUUUAGCCAAAUGUAGUAUUUGUAAAUUUAAAUUUUCUUUCAUAUAAAAAGGGCCGGUACCUGUUAAAGUGCUAUUUUAUGCAGCAAGAUAGUAGCUUGUUAUUUCAGCAAUUAGUAGAUUCAAAUAAGAUACCAAUUUGGUUGCUGGCAGCCAUACUGGGUUUCUUGAUUUCAGUACUCCUAAAAACAUGCUGAUGUCAUGGAGUAGCUGACUGCUAAAAAAGGGAAAGUUAGAAGGGAAUCAGUUGUCAGGUUAGGGUUAGUCUUGGUUUUUGUUUGUUUGUUUGUUUUGUUUUGUUUUUGUUUUUGUUUUCAUUUUGUUUGUUUCUUUUUCUUUUUGCAUAGAAUGCUUAAAAAAAAUCAAUUGACAGCUGACAACUUUUUUGAGAAGUUAAUUAUGUCAUAGUUCAAGACUGCCAGCAUAGUGUACAGCAACAGCUACGGAUAAUACAGAAGUCAGUAAGCCACCCAGUUAGAAGAAGGUCAAUAUUUAAAUGCAUUUAAUAGCUACAAAGGACAAGUUUGAGGAGAACCAAUGUGUAUUGGAAAAAAAAAAGAAUGUUUUCAUUUUCUGUAAGAUUCAAUGAACUGGUGAACAAAUAUUAAAAGUCAAUUUUGUUUUGCUACAGUAUCAUUUGAUUCUUCUGACAUAUAGAAUCAGUCAUUUUACCUUGAGUCAAACUCAUUAAAUGCACCAUGAAUUCUUCUGUUGCUAGUGCAAUGCUUUGAAUGGAACAUACUCAAAUGAGUUCCAGCUGUGAAUUCACACAAGAAAGUAUACUUCAGAACUUUCCCAUGCUGAUUUUGGAUACAUUAAACAGCCUGAAGAAAAAAAACUUCCAGUAAUGAGGUUAAUUAAAUUUUCUUUUAGUGUGCAAAGUCUUUCAAAAUGAGGAAUAUCCUAUUCAUUUUAUCAUCGUUUUUCAUAUAUUUUGAUUUUUGUCAUACAAAGUGUAUGAGGCAGGGUGAAAGAUUCUAUGGAGGUUCUAAGUCCCCAAAUAAAAGUCAUGAAACCA